AUGUCGUCCAUAUCAAUCGUGGUGAAACACCAGGGCAAGAAGCACGAUGUCGAGGUCGACCCCAACUCCACUGGCGAGGACUUCAAGCUCCAAAUGUUCAGCUUGACCAAUGUGGAGCCCGAACGCCAAAAGAUUCUGAUCAAGGGCGGCCAACUCAAGGACGAUGCCGAUAUGAGCAAGCUUGGCUUGAAGCCCGGCCAGACUGUCAUGAUGAUGGGUACUCCAAGCUCUGGCGGUGGUGCACUUGUUCGACCUAAGGAGGUGAUCAAGUUUGUCGAGGAUAUGACGGAGGCCGAACAGGCCCAGCAAGUUGGCGCGACUCCUGCUGGUCUUAUCAACCUUGGAAACACAUGCUACCUUAACUCGACCCUCCAGACCCUGCGUUUGAUCCCUGAACUCCAAGAGGCUCUAGGCAACUACAGCCCUAGCAGCAGCAGCAGUAGCAACUUCAUGAUGGCUAGCACCAAUAUGGACCUCGCAUCUCAACUGUCGAGUUUGUAUAAGAAGAUGGGAGAAACACAGGACGCCUUCCCUCCCAUGAACUUCUUGAACUCUCUGCGAGUGGUAUUCCCACAGUUUGCGGAGAAGUCUAAAUCAGGGCAGGGUUAUGCUCAGCAGGAUGCAGAGGAGGCUUGGUCACAGAUUGUUCAGCAACUCAACCAGAAGCUCCGUAUCAAGGACGGCGCAAAUACUGCCGAGUCUUCCUUUGUCGAGAGGUACAUGUGUGGCGAAUUCAGUUCGGUCAUGGAAUGCGAUGAGGAGGAAGCUCGCAACGCUGGCGAACAGCCCAUCAUUAACAAGGAGAGCUUCGCCAAGCUCAACUGCCACAUUGACAGUUCGACAAAUCAUCUGCGAGACGGUAUUCUUGCCGCACUCAAGGAGAAGAUUGAGAAGAAGUCAGAGGUUCUUGGGCGCGAUGCUAUCUAUACCAAAACUUCCAAGAUCUCUCGUGCUCCCAAGUACCUGACAGUACACUUCGUGCGCUUUUUCUGGAAGCGAGAGACACAGAAGAAGGCCAAGAUUAUGCGAAAGGUGACAUUCUCCAAGGAGCUUGACAUUGUCGAGUUCUGCUCCGACGAACUGAAGAGCGCCCUCGUUCCCGUGCGCGACAAGGUCCGCGAGAUUCGCAAAGACGAAGAGGAUAUCGAGCGUGCCCGUAAGCGACGUAAGAAGACCCACGACCAGGACGUUGGCGAUAUCCCUGGCGGCGCCGGGCUUCCCACUGAGAAGGAGAAGAAAGAAGCCGAGAAGAAGGAGAGUAAGGGAGAUGGCAAGAAAUCAGCGGACGGCGAUACCGUCAUGGGUGAGGAAGGUGAGACAUACAAGACAGAUGCCGACAUUGAAGCCGAGAGGAACGCCUCAAUUCUUGAGGCUAAGAAGGAGCUCAACGCUCUUAUCAACCCUGACCUUCGCAACGAUGACGGUGCGAACCAGUCUGGUCUUUACGAGCUCCGAGGUGUUGUAACACACCAAGGUGCCAGCGCUGAUAGCGGUCAUUACACCUCGUAUGUCAAGAAGUCUGCACCUAUCGAUCCUAAGACCGGCAAGAAGGGCGAGGAGGACGGCAAGUGGUGGUGGUUCAACGACGAAAAGGUGACAGAAGUGGAGGCUGACAAGGUCGAUACUCUGUCCGGUGGCGGCGAGUCUCACUCUGCUCUCAUUCUUCUGUACAGGGCUAUUCCCCUGCCCUCCGCUGAGGGUGUUGUGGAGUAA